CGGUACUGGUGACCGUGAACCUACUUGACAGCAUGUCGGCAUGAUAUGAUACAUUGUGUAGCUAGCCAUAUUAUGAGAGUUGUAUGACUGUAGUUAAUUUAAUCUUCAGAGGAUAAUAUUCUGAUAUGCACGUUUAUAUAUUAAUAUCAACUACAUUCAUUGCUGCUAAAUUAAGGAAAUCAUGUUUAGGCAAAAAACGAUCCUCCAUAAACUUCGACAUCUGAGCGUCCUGGGACAGAAUCCGUCAUGGAGGUUCAGGAGUACAUCAGCAACAGAGAGAGCGUUGCAGUACCAGGCAGGGCAGAAGAUUCAUGGCUUCACAGUUAAGGAAGUAGUCACGGUUCCUGACCUGUUCCUCACAGCCGUCAAACUGACCCAUGACAACACGGGCGCCCAGUAUCUCCAUGCAGCUAGAGAUGACAAAAACAAUCUCUUUAGUGUUCAGUUCAGGACAACCCCGAUGGACGACACCGGGGUUCCUCACAUCCUGGAACACACUGUGUUGUGUGGCUCGCAGAAGUACCCCUGCAGAGACCCCUUCUUCAAGAUGCUCAACAGGUCACUGUCCACGUUCAUGAACGCCUUCACAGCCAGCGAUUACACCAUGUACCCGUUCUCCACACAAAACGGAAAAGAUUUCCAGAAUCUUCUCUCGGUGUAUCUGGAUGCCGUUUUUUUCCCUUGUCUACGAGAACUGGAUUUCUGGCAGGAGGGAUGGAGACUGGAGAAUGAAAACCCGACAGACCCGGCCUCUCCUUUGGCCUUUAAAGGAGUCGUCUUCAAUGAGAUGAAGGGCGCCUUUUCAGACAACGAGCGGGUGUACGCCCAGCACCUGCAGAACAAGCUGUUCCCUGACCACACGUACGGGGUGGUGUCUGGAGGGGAGCCCCUGGCCAUCCCUGACCUCACCUGGGAACAACUCAAACACUUCCACGCCACACACUAUCACCCCAGCAACGCAAGGUUUUUCACCUACGGAGAUCUGCCCCUGGAGCAACACCUGGAGCAGAUCCAGGAGGAAGCUCUGUCCAGGUUUGAGCGGACUGAGCCUGACACCGCUGUCCCUAGUCAACCCAUCUGGGACCAGCCUAGAGAGGACCAUGUGACCUGCAGUCCUGAUGCCAUGUCACCUGAUCCAGCCAAACAGAACACUCUCUGUAUGAGCUUCCUACUGGGAGACAUCACAGAUACAUUUGAGAGCUUUACCCUGAGUUUGCUAUCCUCUCUGAUGAUCUCCGGUCCAAACUCUCCCUUCUACAAGGCUCUCAUAGAGCCCAAGAUAGGAUCAGACUUCUCAUCUGUCGUCGGUUAUGAUGGUAGCACCAAAGAAGCAUCGUUCAGCAUUGGCUUACAAGGAAUGGCGGAAGAAGACAUCCCCAAAGUCAAGCAAAUUAUUGUCCAAACCAUCGAUGAGAUCAUUGCUAAUGGAUUUGAAGAGGAGAGGAUCGAGGCUCAGCUUCAUAAGAUUGAGAUCCAGAUGAAACAUCAGUCAACCAGUUUCGGCCUGUCACUGGCAUCUUACAUAGCUUCCUGCUGGAACCACGAUGGUGACCCGGUCCAGCUGCUGAAGAUCAGCGACAGUGUGACUCAGUUCAGACAGGCCUUGAAGGAUAAUCCUCGCUUUCUCCAGGAGAAGGUCCUACACUACUUUAAGAACAACACUCACAGACUGACUCUGUCGAUGAGUCCUGAUGAGGCUUACCUAGAGAAACAGACCAAAUCAGAGAAGGAGAAACUCCAGAAGAAGAUAAAGGCUCUGUCUGAAAGUGACAAGAAAGAGAUUUAUGAAAAGGGUCUUGAGCUGCUGUCAGUUCAGAGCCAGACCCAGGAUGCCUCAUGCCUCCCUGCCCUGAAAGUUUCGGACAUUGAGCCAACAAUAUCAGUAACACCUGUAGUGAUGGACACUGCAGGCGGCGUGCCGGUGCAGUACUGUGAACAGCCCACCAACGGCAUGGUGUACUUCAGGGCCGUGUGUAGUCUCAACACCCUCCCCGAAGACCUCAAACCGUACGUGCCCCUUUUCUGCAGCGUCAUCACCAGGAUGGGCUGUGGGCGGCUUGACUACCGCCAGCAGGCCCAACAGAUGGAGCUGAAGACCGGGGGCAUGUCGGUCUCCACGUCGGUCCACCCCGACCACUCUAACAUGGACAUGUAUGAGCAGGGAGUGCUGCUCUCAUCUUCAUGUCUGGAGAGGAACCUUCCAGACAUGUUUCACCUGUGGAGUGAGAUAUUCAACAGCCCGCACUUUGAUGAUGAGGAGCGUCUGCGUGUGCUGGUCAUGAUGUCGGCGCAGGAGCUGGCUAAUGGGAUCUCUUACUCUGGUCACAUGUACGCCAUGACACGCGCAGCUCGCAGCCUGACCCCAACCGGAGAACUAAAUGAGACGUUUGGAGGGAUGGAGCAGGUCAAGUUCAUGAAAAGGAUUGCAGAGAUGCCAGACCUGACCAAAGUUCUACGGACCCUCCCUCGAAUCAAGAGGCACAUUCUCAAUCCGCUGAACAUGAGAUGUGCAGUUAACACCACGCCACAGAAGGUAGCUGACGCAGCAGGACAGUUGGAUCACUUCAUUUCCGGAGUAGCUUCCAAUAAGAAGGACCGCAGACCAGUUCGGCCAGAUAUCGCUGAAAGACCUCUGGACCCGCUGGCAGCCCCAGGAUCCGGCCCAAGUAGGAAACUCAUCAAAGAGGCCCACUUCAAGCCGUGUCAGAUGAAGACCUUUUUCCCGAUGCCCUUCCCUGUCAACUUUGUCAGCCACUGUAUCCGUACGGUUCCCUUCACCCAUGAAGACUAUGCCAGCCUGAAUAUCCUGGCCCGGAUGAUGACGGCUAAGUACCUGCACGGAGAGAUCCGAGAGAAGGGUGGAGCCUAUGGGGGCGGGGCCAGGAUGGGCGGUGGACUGUUCACCUUCUACUCGUACCGAGACCCCAACUCCGUACAGACUCUGGCAGCGUUCCGUAAGGGGGUGGACUGGGCCCGAUCAGGAGCGUUUACCCAGCAGGACAUCGACGAGGCCAAGCUGUCCGUGUUCUCAGCAGUCGACUCCCCUGUUGCUCCUUCCGAUAAAGGUAUGGGCCGUUUCCUGACUGGAAUUACAGAUGAGCUAAAACAGGCCCACAGAGAGAGACUGUUUGCUGUCACAUCAAAGAACAUUGUUGACGUGGCUGGCAGGUACCUUGGCAUUGGGCAGAGGACAUGUGGGGUUGCAGUUCUGGGCCCAGAAAAUGACACCAUCAGGAAAGACCCUUCAUGGGUUGUAAAAUAA